AUGAGUGUGAUAGAGAGACAUCAUAACUCCUUCAAGCUGCACCGCAAUGCUGCGAAUGUCUUGAAACCAUCCCCAUCCAUAUCCCACUUGCUUUCCCUCCGCCAACCUCAAGUGCCGGGUGGCGAUGGCUCUGGAUCCACAAGCGGCACGUGUGAAGAGCACGAGAGCAGUUGGAUCAUCAAGCCCUUAACAGACGAGAGAGCCUACAAGCACAUCAAGCUCGCCAACCAGCUUGAGGCCAUCGUCGUCUCCGACCCCUCCUGCCAUUCUGCAGCGGCGGCUCUCUGUGUAGCGGCUGGCCAGCUGGAUGAUCCUGGAGAGGUGCAGGGGCUCGCUCACUUUCUUGAGCACAUGCUGUUCCUGGGGACGCACAAGUUCCCUGAGGAGAGCAACUUCGACGAGAUCUGCGGGAAGUCGGCAGGGUACUCCAACGCUUGGACCUCGCUGGAUCACACAAUGUACCACUUCAUCGUCUCGCAUGACAGGUUGGAGCAAGUGCUGGAGAGGUUUGCUGCCUUCUUCUCCUGUCCCCUCUUCUCGGAGAGUGGGACCGAGCGCGAGAUGAAUGCGGUAGAUUCAGAGCACAACAAGAAUCUUAAGGACGAUGACAGGAGGGAGAACCAGCUGCUACGAAGCACUUGUAGCUCUGAUCACUCAAUGUCUCGGUUCGGAGGAGGCAACUUGGAGACUCUCUUGGAGGAUCCGAAGAAGGCAGGCAUCAAUGUGAGGGAGAAGCUCCUUCAGUUCCACGAGAGAUUUUACUCGGCAAACGCCAUGCGCCUCGCAGUCAUAGGGAAGGAGCCUGUAGACAAGCUGGAGGAAUUGGUUACUUCUUUCUUCUCCGAUGUGCCGAAUCGGCAGAAUGUUCCUUUGAGAGAUUGGAUUUCCUCCGUCCCUUAUGAUGCAUCCUGGAAGCGAAGUUUCUACAUCUCUCCCAUUUCAGGUUCGCAUGCUGCUUGCAAACUUUUCCUGCUCUCCCCUGACCAGGUCACAGAGAGGCGGCGCCUGGCCAUGUUCUUUCCGAUCCCUCCCAUCCAGCCCUUCUACAAGACGAAGCCGGCUCAGCUUAUUAGUCACCUCAUCGGCCAUGAGGGACCAGGAUCCUUGCUCGCUGUUCUCAAGGAGCUCGGGUAUGCUUCGGAGUUGUCGGCUGGCCCGGUGAGGAGGCGGGGUGGAGAAGAGGAGGGAGCAGGAGCAGGAGCAGGAAAGAGAGGAACAGGAGGAGGAAAUUUGAGGAGUUGA